CUCCACGCGAACGCUCCCCGGCGGCCGCCCUUCACCUCUCGUCUUCCUCAUCACUGCUUCCCCCUUUCACCUCUCCAUACUUCGCGCUCCGUCCCUCCCUCCGGCUUUGACCACCUCCGCCCCUCUUAUCUCUCCCUCCCCUCCCAUCCGCUCACCACACGCAGCAUCCGAGAAGAGAGAGAGGCACGGACACCGACACGACCGAUGUCAAUGUGGCGCGUCUCCCGCUCCCUCCUCCGCACCGCCUCGUCCUCGGCGGCCGGGCGCGGGGCCUCCGACGCGCGCCGCCUGUGGUCGCCACUGCCGUGCGCGCUCCAGCGCUGCAGCCCCAGCCGCGGCUACGCGUCGCUCCCGAGUGCGGAGGCGGCGAGGGACGGGGAGGAGGAGGUGAAUUCGGCGGAGGCGCGGCGGCUGAUGCAGCUGGCCAACGUCGACGCGCUCAAGCGGCAACUCGGGGACGGGGAGGUGAUCCCGUACGCGGACCUGCUGCGCGUGUGCCAGGAGGCGGGCGCGGCCAGGACGCGCGCUGAGGCCGCCGCGCUCGCGGGUGCCCUCGACGAGGCCGGCGUCGUGCUGCUCUUCCGCGACAAGGUCUACCUCCAGCCCGAUAAGAUUGUGGAUCUUGUAAGGAAAGCUAUGCCCCUUGCACUGACACCUGAAAACGAUCCGGGGAAGGAAGAGCUCAAGAAGCUCCAAGCUCAGCUGGAAGAUAUCAACAAGCUGGCGCACAAGCAAGUCCGACGCAUCCUCUGGUCUGGCCUGGGUUUCCUGAUCACCCAGGUCGGCCUCUUCUUCAGGCUCACGUUCUGGGAGUUCUCUUGGGACGUCAUGGAGCCCAUCACGUUCUUCACGACCACGACGGGCCUGGUUGUGGGGUACGCGUACUUCCUCAUCACAGCAAGGGACCCAACCUACCGUGACUUCAUGGAGAGGAUGUUCGAGUCUCGGCAGAGGAAGCUGAUCCAGAGGCAGAACUUCAACCUGGACAAGUACCUGGAGCUCCAGAGGCGCUGCAAGGAUCCCCUGGAGAAGGUGUGCGGCGCGUCCAACCCUGACAUGGCUCAUCUCCAUGAGCUAUCCAUCCACAAAUGACAAAAUAUUCACCAUUGCUUCAUUACUUCAUUCUCUGGAGCGAUGGCUACUAGCAAAAGUAACCGGUGUUUCUUGCACUUAUGAGACAGACCCACUUCCUCUGCCCAGGACCUUUUCGUCGGUCUUCUCCUAUGCAAAUGUGUAGGUCAGUAUAAUCCUUUUUUAGCGAUGCUGAAGCACAAGCACCUGAUAGUUAAAAGGCAAGCUUAUCUGUAUGACCAGAAGCUCACCCACUACCGAGAGCUGCAGGAUUUGCAGUCUCUGCCAAUACACUGUUUCACCUUUACUUGUUUUUAGCUUUAUAUAUCUUCUAUGGAAGCUCUUACAUUUGGUGGUAAA